GAGUCUGUGGUUCUUAGUUUGUGGCGGCUUGGGCGGGACGCACGCGGUGCAGUUCAAGAUGGCGGAUGCAGAAGUAAUUACAUUCCCAAAGAAGCAUAAGAAGAAAAAAGACCGGAAGCCAUUACAAGAAGAUGUAGCCGAAAUACAACUUGCUGAAGAAUUUCUUAUCAAACCAGAAUCCAAAGUGGCUCAAUUAGACGCUUCUCAGUGGCCCUUGUUACUAAAGAAUUUUGAUAAGCUAAAUGUAAGGACAACACACUAUACACCUAUUCCUUGUGGUUCAAAUCCUCUGAAGAGGGAGAUUGGGGACUAUAUCAGGACAGGUUUCAUUAAUCUUGACAAGCCCUCUAACCCCUCUUCCCAUGAGGUGGUAGCCUGGAUCCGACGAAUACUUCGGGUAGAGAAGACUGGCCACAGUGGCACACUAGAUCCCAAAGUGACUGGUUGUUUAAUUGUGUGCAUUGAACGAGCCACUCGUUUGGUGAAAUCACAACAGAGUGCAGGCAAAGAGUAUGUUGGAAUUGUCCGGCUGCACAAUGCUAUUGAAGGGGGUACUCAGCUUUCUAGGGUAAGUCUAGACAUUCUGAUUAGUGCUGAGCUAUCCCUUCGAAUCUUUUGGGUAAGCUGUGAAGCUGGCACCUACAUUCGGACACUAUGCGUACACCUUGGCUUGUUACUAGGAGUUGGUGGUCAGAUGCAGGAACUUCGGAGGGUGCGUUCUGGAGUCAUGAAUGAAAAGGACCACAUGGUGACAAUGCAUGAUGUACUCGAUGCUCAGUGGCUGUAUGAUAACCAUAAGGAUGAGAGUUACUUGCGGCGUGUUGUUUACCCUUUGGAAAAGCUGUUGACAUCUCAUAAACGUCUGGUUAUGAAAGAUAGUGCAGUGAAUGCAAUCUGCUAUGGGGCCAAGAUCAUGCUUCCUGGUCUUCUUCGAUAUGAAGAUGGCAUUGAGGUCAACCAGGAGAUUGUGGUCAUUACUACUAAGGGGGAAGCUAUCUGCAUGGCAAUUGCAUUGAUGACUACAGCAGUGAUUUCUACCUGUGACCAUGGUAUAGUAGCCAAAAUAAAGAGGGUGAUUAUGGAAAGAGACACUUAUCCUCGCAAGUGGGGUUUAGGUCCAAAGGCAAGUCAGAAGAAGAUGAUGAUCAAGCAGGGCCUUCUGGACAAGCAUGGCAAACCCACAGACAAUACCCCUGCCACAUGGAAACAGGAUUACAUUGACUAUAGUGAUUCUGGCAAGAACACACUGGUUACCGAAGCAGUACAAGCCCCUCAGUUAGCUGCUGAAGCAGUAAACAUAAAAAGGAAGUGGGACAGUGAGAGUGAAAGUGAUGAGACCCCUCCAACAGUUCCCCUGUUGAAGGAAAAGAAGAAGAGUAAGAAGGAUAAAAAGCCCAAAACUGUGAUAGAAAGUGGGGGCGAAACUGGAGAUGGGGACAGUGACACCACCAAAAAGAAAAAGAAGAAGAAGAAAGUAAAAGUAGAAGAGAUGUCUGAAUAGUUUAAGCCACUUCUGGAAGCAUGUCCAGCUGGGAAGAGAAAUAAAAAAGCCUUAUUGGAAAAACUUUGUUGAGGGAGUAGAACAGAGGUCCCAGAGUAGAAAGUUCUGGUACACUUUUAGCUGCCACUUGUGACCUCAGUGGCUAGCUGGUGUGGCCAUCUCAUCCCAUCCUGUCCUGUUUUAAGGAUAUGAGAGAUAAAAUCAGGCCUUUGCCACCAACCCCUCUGCUUGCUUGAGGAAGCCACACCUUUAGAUAGACAUGGCAUGGCCUAGUAACUAUCUGCAGCUAUUUACUAAUGAGCAUUUUCAACAAUGCCAUAGAUAGUCCUCUCCUACUUUGCUUUUUUAAAAAGUUUGUAAAAAUUAAAUCUGCUAAAUAAUCUGUGAGAAAAAAAUGAAAAAAAAAAAAAAGAACUAUAUUCACCGGGGAACUCUUAUCUCCGGUGUUCUAUGAGGAUUGCUCUAUUCAGGUAUUAACUUUGUCUGGUGGGAUCUAUAGUGUUUAGCCUAGUACUCUGUAUUUUUGUGUACAACAGGAUUUCUCCAACUCUAUAUGGCUACUUGUGUUUCUUAUGGAAGCCAAAGCAUUCCUGUAUUUGUUUUCUUUUAAAGAAUGGAAUUAUUCAUUGCUGAGAGGAUGUAAUUUGUAGUUUUUUUUUUUUUAAAGUAUUCCUGUUAGAUUUACUAUGAUAAUCUUGGACUGGCAGCAAAAGUGAGAAUAUUUUUAUUAAAAGUCUGGGGUUUAUGUCCUA